UUGUAUUGAAUCAUAAAUUUUAUCGCAUUAGUUUUACAAAAUUGAUUUAUGUGAAAAAUUAAGCUUUUAGCACACAGAAUCGAUUGCUUUUACUACUAAGUAAGUUGGCGUAUAAAAGUGAGCGACCAAUUCCAAAAGUUGCGAAAUUUCUCACAAUGAAGUUGGUUCUCUUCUUAACCACUUUUUUCGUUUGCAUUUUCAUUUGUCAAGCACAGUACGGUGGAGGUGGAGGUGGAGGUGGUGGAGGUGGUGGUGCUAAUGGAGGAUAUGGUUACGGUGGUUAUGGACCGAAUGGACCUUAUGGUGGCGCAGGAGGAAAUGGUGGUUACGGAUACUUUGGACCUGGUGGUAGCGGCGGCGGCACCAGUGGAAACGGAUGGAGCUACAGUGGGCCUUAUGGGGGCGGCGGUGGUGGGGGAUAUGCUUAACAAAUUUGCCUAACAAAAGGUGAUUGUAUUCCAUACAUGAGAAUAUCGAUGCAAAUUGUAAAUAAAGUUAUCACUCAAAUUAUUAGAGAUAGCGAGCUAUAAA